CAGGGGCGAACUGACCAUUCGAGCACUCGGGCCCUGCCCGAGGGCCCGGGGUCAGUAGGGGGCCCCAUGGGAUUCUCCUGGUACCUUUUCAUUAGCUUUUUCAUAGGCUUUUUUUGGGUGUGGGCGAGGAUACAGGGGCCCCAUAAUCCCCUAUUGCCCAGGGGCCCCAUGACUUGUCAGUCCACCGAUGUCAGGCACCCAUGAUGCUAUAAAGAUGGCCCUGGUGUAUCUGGGGGCCCGGGGUUAGUAGGGGGCCACAUGAGAUGCCCCUGAUACCUUUUCAUAGACUUUUUUGGGUGUGGGUGAGGACACAGGGGCCCCAUGAGUUGUCCAUCCGCCC